UGUGAGACUCACUCAGGGGAGAAGUAUUAGGCAAAAUGGAAAGUACCCUUUCGGAGAUCUCAAGGGUCUGACCCUUCGAUGUUUCCGAAGCUGUCUUAACCUCUCUGUUUCUUUUCUUCUUCAAGCACCCUACUCCUCCCCUUUCUCCUUUUACAUAAAUUCUCAUUCUUUCGCUGUCGUUUUGGUUUUCCUUGAUUCAACAGAGGAAAGAGCUUUUAACUUUUUAAUAGAGAGAUGGCAGCCUUUUCCGCAACGCAUUGCCGUUCAUAUUCAUACUCUCAUUCUUCAUCGAUAAAUGGAGGCCAAAAUCAACGCUUUUCUUUCUCUUCUUUUUCGAGAUUGUCUGUUCCAGCUAAAGCUAUAAGAAAUUCCCAUCAAACUGUUGUUCUCAUGCAAGAUGGUGUAGUGGCCACAAAAGUGACCCCUGUGGAAAAAGAAACACCUAAGGAGAAAUUGAAAGAUGAGUUGUUGUCAGUUACAUCUACAAAGGAAUGGGAUGAGAAAGCAGGCUUUGAUAGCAACGAAAAUGAGUCAACUGUUAGUAUCACAGUGGUCGGAGCUUCUGGGGACCUUGCCAAAAAGAAGAUAUUUCCUGCACUUUUUGCACUUUAUUAUGAAGAUUGUCUUCCUAAGCACUUUACUAUCUAUGGUUAUGCGAGGAGUAAGAUGACCGAUGCAGAACUAAGGAAUAUGGUAAGCAAGACCCUUACCUGCAGAAUUGAUAAAAGGGAGAACUGCAGUGAAAAAAUGGAUCAAUUUCUUAAAAGAUGUUUUUACCACUCUGGCCAGUAUGAUUCCGAGGAAAAUUUUGCUCAGCUAGACAAGAAGCUUAAGAGGCAUGAGGGUGGGAGGGUUUCUAAUCGCCUCUUUUAUCUGUCUAUCCCUCCAAAUAUUUUUGUUGAGGCUGUCAAAUGUGCCAGCUCAUCAGCUUCAUCUGGUAAUGGCUGGACCAGGGUAAUUGUUGAGAAACCUUUUGGUCGAGAUUCAGAAUCUUCGGCUGUGCUGACAAAAUCUCUGAAGCAGUACCUAACGGAGGAUCAAAUAUUUAGGAUAGAUCACUAUCUGGGAAAGGAACUUGUGGAAAAUCUUUCUGUUCUUCGGUUUGCCAAUCUUAUUUUUGAACCCUUGUGGACAAGACAGUAUAUUAGAAAUGUACAGAUAAUAUUCUCUGAAGAUUUUGGAACUGAAGGACGUGGAGGGUAUUUUGACAAUUACGGAAUAAUUAGAGAUAUAAUGCAGAAUCAUCUACUUCAAAUACUUGCUCUCUUUGCUAUGGAAACACCUGUAAGUUUGGAUGCCGAGGAUAUAAGGAAUGAGAAGGUUAAAGUAUUGCGGUCAAUGAGGCCAUUGCGACUUGAAGAUGUAGUUAUAGGACAGUACAAGAGCCACAGUAAAGGAGGGGUUACUUACCCCUCCUACACUGAUGACAAGACUGUGCCCAAAGAUAGCUUGACCCCAACUUUUGCAGCUGCUGCUUUGUUCAUAGACAAUGCAAGAUGGGAUGGGGUGCCUUUUCUAAUGAAAGCAGGAAAAGCAUUACAUAAUAAGGGGGCAGAGAUAAGGGUGCAGUUCAGGCAUGUGCCUGGCAAUUUAUAUAACCGAAAUUUUGGGACUGAUCUUGAUCGUGCUACAAAUGAGCUUGUCAUUCGAGUGCAGCCAGAUGAAGCUAUUUUUUUGAAGAUCAAUAACAAGGUUCCUGGAUUGGGUAUGAGGUUGGACCGCAGCAAUCUAAACCUUCAUUAUGCUGCUAGAUAUUCAAAAGAGAUCCCAGAUGCAUAUGAGAGGCUACUGCUGGAUGCGAUCGAGGGUGAGAGGAGGCUGUUUAUCCGAAGUGAUGAGCUGGAUGCGGCGUGGGCACUCUUCACUCCAGUAUUGAAGGAGCUGGAAGAGAAAAAAAUUAUACCCGAAAGCUACCCUUAUGGAAGCCGUGGCCCUGUCGGUGCUCAUUAUCUUGCAGCGAGAUACAAUGUUCGGUGGGGUGACCUUGAUAUAGAGCAGUAAGGGUUUUACAUCUCUAACGUUGCUAUUUCCAAGCAAGAGUGCUGACCAUUUUUUGGAUCUUUACGAGGCAUAUAUAUUGUAUCAAAUAGGGUGGCUGAAUUAGCAUUGCUGUCUGUAUGGAAAUCAAAUGUAAUCAAGAGAUGGAUUUUGGCUGUGAGAAGCAUUCGAGUUAAGCCAUAGGUUUACUAAAUAAUUACAAAUAGCUUUAUGUUUAUAGUUAGCCAUUUCUUGUCUUCUCAUUUUAGGUAGAACGUGAAAUAAGAAUAAGAAUGUUUCGUUUUAUA